AUGGGUCUUAAAUGUUGUGUCGAUUCAUGUAAUUCUGAGGCAAACUCUUCUAGUAUUCGACUUCAUAGUUUUCCAAAAGACGAUGUGUUAUGUGAAAAAUGGGUAACAGCAUUACAAAAAGACUACAAAUUUGAGGUAAAGAAAAGUCAUCGCAUAUGUAGUAAACAUUUUGAAGAACAACAGUUUACUAAAAGUACUUUUGGCAAUCUUAUGCUAAAACCAGGAGCUAUUCCAACAAUAUUUGUUAGUGCUCAACGUUCAUUAUUUAAAGGCAAGUUUACCUAA